CCACUUUGCAGUAGAUAGCAUGGCGCGUUGUUUUUAAGUGGUUUCCCCAAUAGGCCUAAUCCACUCUAACUAAUUAAUGUAAGAAUUGUUCGAAGUGCCGUCCUCCUUCUCGUACACAGAUUUCGGCUCUUCGAGUAAUAUUGCGCGUCGCACGGUGCGCCAUGUCCGGCGUGAUGGUAUCGAAGGCCGCAACAAUAGCUUCACGAACUUCUUGUUCCGUACCAUCACGCCGGUCCUCUAUCGCAGUUUUAAUGUACCCCCAUACAAAAUAAUCGAGUACAUUUAAAUCAGGCGACCGUGCCGGCCAGAUGAUUGGGCCACCUCGACCCAUCCACCUGUCCGGAAAACGCGUGUCUAAAAGAUUCCGUACUUGCCUGCUAAAAUGUGCAGGAGCUCCAUCGUGUUGAAAAAUCAACUCCGCCCGUACGUCGAGAGGGACAUCUUCAAGAAGAGCUGGAAGUUGAUUUGCGAGGAACUCUGCGUAUAAUUGCCCGGUUAGCCUAGGCGGAAGGAAGUACGGACCGAUCUGAGAAUUAUCAAGAAACGUUAGUAGAUAAGUGCGGAAGAAAAUUAGCUGAAAUACAAGGUGCACUCACCACUUGAUCUCCAAUCAUGCCGGCCUUUGGAAAAUGUCUAACGAUUAUUGCAUGAUGGCCCAGUUCUCCGCGAGAGAAUACACCGAUAUGGUGAUAACGUAUGGGAUGGCGGGUGAAAACGGAAAUGCCGCGGUACGUCUUUACGCGGAAAGAUUUCCUGACCGUGUACAUCCGUCGUACGUAACACUUACGCGCUGUAUCCAGCGAUUACGGGAAACCGGAUCCGUCGUUCCAAAUCGCGUACGACCCGGUGCAGUAAUGCGUCACGACGUUCGUACAGAAGAACGGAUUUUACGGGAAUUCGAACGAAAUCCCAGAAACAGCGUGCGUCGCGUUGCUGGUGCACUUGGAAUUUCCAACAGUUUGGUGCAUCGUACAUUACGGCGUAGUGGUCUAAGACCUUACCACUAUCAACGUGUGCAGCAACUUCUUCCCGGAGAUGCACAACCGCGCAUCUUCUUCUGUGAAGGUAUUUUCAUUACUCUUAUUUAACAUUUACAGUAUUUGUUGUGCAUUCGUGUUAAUUCUCAAUAAAAUGCAUGUAGGGUUCCUCGCGCAGUGUCGGCGGAAUAUUUCUUUCCCCGACCGCAUCCUGUGGACGGACGAGGCCACCUUCACACCGAACGGAGUGUUUAACUCUCACAACUUCGUACGUUGGGAAGAAGAAAAUCCACACGCUGUUCGACAAGGCGCAUUUCAGCGCCGUUGGGCCAUAAAUGUUUGGGCCGGCAUGAUUGGAGAUCAAGUGAUCGGUCCGUACUUCCUUCCGCCCAGGCUAACCGGGCAAUUAUACGCAGAGUUCCUCGCAAAUCAACUUCCAGCUCUUCUUGAAGAUGUCCCUCUCGACGUACGGGCGGAGUUGAUUUUUCAACACGAUGGAGCUCCUGCACAUUUUAGCAGGCAAGUAUGGAAUCUUUUAGACGCGCGUUUUCCGGACAGGUGGAUGGGUCGAGGUGGCCCAAUCAUCUGGCCGGCACGGUCGCCUGAUUUAAAUGUACUCGAUUAUUUUGUAUGGGGGUACAUUAAAACUGCGAUAGAGGACCGGCGUGAUGGUACGGAACAAGAAGUUCGUGAAGCUAUUGUUGCGGCCUUCGAUACCAUCACGCCGUACAUGGCGCACCGUGCGACGCGCAAUAUUACUCGAAGAGUCGAAAUCUGUGUACGAGAAGGAGGACGGCACUUCGAACAAUUCUUACAUUAAUUAGUUAGAGUGGAUUAGGCCUAUUGGGGAAACCACUUAAAAACAACGCGCCAUGCUAUCUACUGCAAAGUGGUGUGGAAAAGAUAGAACGAAAAUAUUAAAUAAUACUAUGGUGAAUAAUAUUAAUUAAUAACCAU